AUGUCUGCCGCCGUAUCUUCCCUCGUUUCGUACGGUAGCGAUUCCGACUCAGAAAAUGAGUCACAAUCGAAUACCAGUCCUGGAAAAGUAGACCCAAUGGAUCCGGACGCGACAGCCCACCUUAAACCGUUGCAAUCUGGACAAACAAUGUCAUUGGCUGUUCUUAAUUCUGCUCCUGAGGUUGCCGUUAAGGAAGCUGUCGAGACGGGAAUACACCUGGACCCUUCUCUGAAAGAGGUGGUUUAUAACCCAACAUAUGAAACCAUGUUUGCACCUGAGUUUGGGCCAACAAACCCAUUUCAAACCCAGCAAAUGGCUGCCCCCAGGAACAUGUUAUCUGGUUAUGCAGAGCCAGCUCAUGUCAAUGACUUUAUGUUUGAACAGCAAAGGAGGACUUUCUCUACCUAUGGUUAUGCUUUAGAUCCUUCUGUUGAUACGCACCAGACAUCAUCUACAGGCUACAUUGGUGCUCUGGAUGAGGCUGAGAAAUACAAAGGAUUGACUGUGUUUGAAAGUGGUGGGAAGAAAUCUGAAAAAAGGAAAAAGAUCAAAGGUGGAGAUGCUGGGGAAAUUGAUCAGUUCCUUGGUCCAUGGGCGAAAUAUGCAGACGAAAAAGACGUGGCCAAACCAACAGAGGAUGAGCAAAAGGAGCUGGAUGAGAUCACUGCAAAAAGACAGAAGAGGGGAAGGAAUGAGGAAGAGGCUCCUGCUGAAGAGAAGACCAUCCUCCAUGUGAAAGAAAUGUACGACUACCAGGGCAGGUCGUACCUCCAUGUCCCACAGGAUGUGGGCAUCAACCUGCGCUCUUCUGAAGCUCCAGACAAAUGUUACCUGCCAAAGAAACAGAUCCAUGUCUGGUCUGGACACACCAAGGGUGUCAGUGCUAUCAGAUUGUUUCCCAGGUCUGGUCACCUGCUGCUCUCCUCCUCUAUGGACUGUAAAAUCAAACUGUGGGAGGUGUACAAUGAGAGGAGGUGUAUUAGGACGUUCAUUGGUCACAGCAAAGCAGUGCGAGACAUAUGCUUCAACAACACUGGAACUCAGUUCCUCAGUGCUGCGUAUGACCGUUACCUUAAACUGUGGGACUCUGAGACAGGCCAGUGCAUCUCCCGCUUCACCAACAGAAAGGUGCCCUACUGUGUGAAGUUCAACCCCGACGAGGAAAAACAAAACCUGUUUGUGGCCGGCAUGUCGGAUAAGAAAAUUGUUCAGUGGGAUGUCAGGACAGGUGAGGUGGUUCAGGAGUAUGAUCGCCACCUGGGCGCUGUCAACACAAUCACCUUCGUUGACGAGAAUCGCAGAUUUGUCAGCACCUCGGAUGACAAGAGUCUCCGGGUUUGGGAGUGGGACAUCCCCGUGGACUUCAAGUACAUCGCCGAGCCUAGUAUGCAUUCGAUGCCAGCUGUGACACUCUCUCCUAACGGUAAAUGGCUGGCGUGCCAGUCGAUGGACAACCAGAUUCUCAUCUUUGGGGCCCAAAACCGCUUCAGACUAAACAAAAAGAAAGUGUUCAAGGGCCACAUGGUUGCUGGCUAUGCCUGCCAAGUGGACUUCUCCCCAGACAUGAGCUAUGUGGUGUCGGGAGACGCCGACGGAAAGCUGAAUAUUUGGGACUGGAAAACCACCAAGCUCUACCACAGGAUCAAGGCUCAUGACAAGGUGUGCAUCAGCGCACUGUGGCAUCCACACGAAACCUCCAAAGUCAUUACCUGUGGAUGGGACGGACAGAUCAAACUCUGGGAUUAG